UGACUAUUUGUGCGAUACCGUCAGAUUCGGCAACACUAAUCUUAUCGUUUUAUAAAAAAGUCGUAAAAAGAUCUCACAAAAAAAAAAGCUGCGCAGUUCUUUUUAUUCUGUUUUCUGUUUUUUUUCUUCGCAGCAAACUUUAAUCGUUAAGAAAAAUCAUUCUUUGAACCGAAAAUGCCGAUCAUCAAGCUGCAAUCCUCCGACGGGGAGAUCUUCGACACAGACAUCGAAAUUGUCAAGUGCUCCGGCACCAUUACGAACAUGUUGGAGGACUGCGGCAUGGGGGACGACGAAAACGACAUUGUGCCGUUGCUCAAAGUAAACUCUACUACCCUACGCAAGGUUCUGGAGUGGGCCCGUUACCACAAGAACGACCCGAAGCCAAGAGAGGACGAUGAGAGUAAGGCCAAGCGCAUCGACGACAUCAAGUCGAGGGACGCCGAAUUCCUCAAGGUGGACCGGGAGGCCCUCUUCGAACUGAUCAUGGCGGCCAACUAUCUGGACAUCAAGGACCUGCUGGAGCUCACGUGCAAGGCUGUGGCCGACAUGAUCAAGGGCAAGACACCGGAGGAAAUCCGAAUGAUCUUCAAUAUCAGGAAGAUGGAUCAAUUUCGCAAGGAGAACGAGUGGUCCGAGGAGAAGUAACCGGCCGGUCGGGCCGAAUCCUAUCGCACGAAUCCCCAUGACGAAAUUCUGCGUACCAGUUGAAAUACAGAAGACACACAGAAAAAGCUGCAUCAAGACGAUAAGAAUUGAUUCGGGGCGAUAAGAAUUGGCAGCGACUGCUGACUCCCUUAGUUGCCACUCAGUUCCCAUUA